CAGUCCACUACUCGACUUUCCAGAGCCUCCUGUGCCCGUCUGGCUAGCAUUUUGGCCGCCGGAGUUUUGAGAAAUAGACGUAGAUGAACCGUGAACAGGCGGUUGGACUGCUAAAGGCAUCAUCGCUCAAGAACUGCUCCUAAAAUUGCAAAGUUUAAACGAGUAUUAGACAUAAACGGUGUAAUAUAACCUAAACAACACAUUACAACUUACAAACCAUUAGAUUAGUAUGUUGUCUGUGUUACAAACUUACAUUUAAAACGGAAGCCAAUAAAUAUCACGGAUGUAAGUCAUAAAAUGUCCUGGGUACUAGGAAACCUAUAGAUUUACCUAUAUUUAUUUUAAUGUUUUUAUACAGCAAUAAGAAGCUGUGUGCUGUAAGUUUGAUUUUCGUUUUGCGCAGGUUUUUUAAUAUUGUUUGCGCCGUUAGAUUGGCUCAAACUUCACACUGGAAGUCACAUUGUCAAAUGUCAAUCUUGCAUAGCUGUGGGCUGAAAAAAUUAAAAUAUCAGGCCUUCGUAAUUAAUAAUCAAAUUUUUUAUUUUGUUUGUUCAAAAUGCAUGGAAAUAUAGAAAAUUUCAACAACUGGCAAAAUGUAAUAGUACGUGGGUUUUUGGUUUUGGCAUUAAAACAUUUUUCUUAAUUUUAUUUCAUCGCACUGUACCUAUAGUUUAGGAAAAUAAAAUUUAUACAAUUGUGUACAUAUGUCAUUAGUAAAAUUUAGCACAUAAAAAAUACUAAAAAUAAUAUUGAAUUUAUUCAUUUUACAUCUGCGUAUUAGCUUCAUCAUAAUACCGUUUUUCGAAAUUAAAUCAUGUUAAACUUCACCUACUACAAUAAAGGUAAGGAAUUAAAAUAAAAUGGCUAUUCACACAUUUAAUAUUUAUUUAUUUAUAACAAAAGCAAUAAAACUUUUACUACUUCUUUGUGUAUCAUGUAUGCAUACUAUAUAAUACAUUAUCAAUCUUCCUUCCACAAUAAGAUUAUAAUAAUAUUAUUGUAGUUUAAAUUGUUUACAGCAACUGUGUUGACCUAAACUUAUCAAUUCCCACUUCAAUUAAUUUAUAUUUUCAGAUAUUUAUUUCAUUGUAUUAUGUAUGUUGGGGCUUCAUAGAAUGUUAAAAGUUAAAAGAGUGUCUCAUAAUAUAGGUGAAAUUUACCAAAAUAUCAAAAAUUUUAAAUAUUGUAAAUUAUAAUAAUAUACAACAUGUUACCUGCUAUGUGUCUUCGAGAAACAGGAAGCGCUGGGGCUCCGCGUGAGCGUCAAAAAUCAGGCGAAACCGCACCCGCUUCUCCUACGAAAGAAGGCCAAGCGUUCGUAUUCGAUAAAAAACCAGAAAAUAAAAUCCAAUUGCAGAAUUCCCAGGACGAAGAGGAGCCCUAUUUUACUAAGCCGGCUCUCGCCUAUGAAUUACCUCGACCUCGAGCCAAUACAGUAUCCGAAGGUACACAGCCAGUUAGAAACGGGUCGAAAACACCAACCGUUUUCCGUUGGGAAGGCGGCGGAAAGGACGUCUGCAUUUGCGGUACAUUCUCAAACUGGGAAACGAUACCAAUGGUAAAAAGCCUUGGUGAUUUCGUAGCCAUUAUCGACUUGCCCGAAGGGGAGCACCAGUACAAAUUCUACGUGGACGGGGAGUGGAAAAACGACCCGGAGAAAAACCUCAUAGAGGACGACGGAGGCGCCAAAAACAAUCUUAUCGUCGUAAAGAAAUCUGAUAUGGAAGUAUUUGAAGCAUUGGCCAAAGAUAGCGAAAACGCUAAGGACGAUUCACAGAAGGAGUUCGGGCAAGAAGUCCCAGCUAACAAACCUUGGGAGAAGCCAAAUGGCCCUCCGAUAUUACCACCUCAUCUACUGCAAGUCAUCUUGAAUAAGGAUACACCUUUAUCGUGUGAACCUACUUUACUACCGGAACCGAAUCACGUAAUGUUGAACCACCUCUACGCUCUGUCUAUUAAGGACGGUGUAAUGGUUUUGAGCGCUACUCACAGAUACAGGAAAAAAUACGUAACCACGUUGCUUUAUAAGCCUAUUUAGUGAAUUUAAUUUAUUAUGCAGGGAUGUCGUUAAAUUUUGCUAAUGUUGUUUAUUUAAAAUUCUAUCUAGUUUUGUAUUUGUACAGUUUCGACACCCUUGUACAUAGACGAUGUUAUUAAUCGGGUCCGACUGUGGGACCUUCUAGUAUUUUAGAUAUAGGGGAUUUUAUUCGCAAGGGGUUUGAAAUUUUUGUAUUUAUAAACAAACUUUUA